GGGAAGAAAGGAGAGGAGAAGCAGAGUAAGAGGAAGACGAGGAGGACGAGGAGGAGGAGGAGGAGGAGGAAGAAAAAAGUGGGAAAAGAGCGGGAUACGACUAUCUCGGGGUGGUCGGUCGACGAACCGUUCGAUCGUCAUCGAGGAUAUUGUCCCGGGGUAGUUUUCGGAACGACCCCUUGGAAGCGGCGAAACUGGAAGCUCUCGAAUCGUACGGAACAACGUCAAAGCAGAAGCGCCGGUGCCCGGGGCGAGGAGGAGUCCUCGACGCGUGCCAGGCUGCUGAUCACAGGCACCGCGCCGGAGACGGGAGACGAAGAGAGUAGGAGAGAGGGAUUGGGAAAAAAGCGUACAGAAACAGAGAGAAAGAAAGGAGGAGAGACGGCAUCAUCGUCUCUCGAGCGAGGGGUCCUUCCGUUCGGGUGCUAGGGGUGUGCAGCCUUGGACGAGGGGUCGCACUCGACUCUCUCUUCUUUUUUUUUUUUUUUUUUUUUUUUUUUUUUUUUUUUCUUUUUCUUUUCUUCUUUAAAGCGGGCAAACCGCGCAAAAGAAUAAGAGACACGUCCUCGGGGCGAUGACAGGAUGCCUCCUUCUCGAUCAGGACGCGUCUACGAAGGACCACCGUCUAGGAUCGCCGUUAGGAUCGGACCGACCAUCGCCCUGUUGCUCAUUCUCUUCGAGAAUCGUCGCGCGACCUGCUUAAUGAGCAAUUCCGUGGACGAUUGGGUAAGCGGUAAUGCCGUGGUCUGCAAAGGUAUUCCAGGGAUGACGAAGGAACAGCGCGAGCUAUGCCACAGAAAUCCGGACGUGACGGUGGCAGCGAUCAAAGGUCUGCAAAUGGCGAUAUCCGAGUGUCAGCAUCAAUUCAUGUGGCACAGGUGGAAUUGUUCAUCGUUGACGCCUAGCAGCAGGACGCAGCAGAGCAGCGUCCUUCUUCAGAGAGGUUACAGGGAGACUGCGUUCGCGUUCGCGAUCUCCGCAGCCGGGGUGGCGCACAGCGUGGCCCGCGCGUGCAGCAUGGGACGGUUACUCUCCUGCGGAUGCGACCCGUCCAGCUACAAGGGUAAGCCGCCUGCCAAGGCCAGGGGCACGCAAUGGAAGUGGGGCGGGUGCUCGCACAAUCUCGACUACGGCAUGGAGUUCUCGAGACAGUUCCUAGAUACGCGCGAGAGGGCCGGGGAUAUACAGUCGACGGUCAAUCUUCACAACAAUCAAGCUGGCCGCUUGGCGGUGGCGAGCAACAUGCAAGUGCGAUGCAAGUGCCACGGUAUGUCGGGUUCCUGCGAGCUCAAGACUUGCUGGAAAGUGGCGCCGGAUUUCCGAAUAGUCGGGAAGACGCUCAAGGACCGAUUUCGAAACGCUGUGCUGGUGGCGCAAAGCAACCUGGGCAGCGUGACCCCGUUGACCAGAGUGAGAGGAUCGCGGAGGAGGAGGCCGGAUCGGCAGAGGCAGAGGAAACAUCGCGGUGGGUCGGGCGGGAACGGGCGUAAAAGGAGGCCCCGAGAUCUCGCCAAGCAGUUGUUUUAUUACCAAAAAUCGCCAAACUUUUGCGAGAGAGAUCCGAGCGCGGACAUCCCUGGGACCGCGGGGCGUAGAUGCAACAAGACCAGCUCCGGUGGGGACGGGUGCGGCAAUCUGUGCUGCGGAAGGGGUUACAACGUGGUGAGGCAACGACGGGUCGAGAGGUGCAAAUGCAAGUUUCAUUGGUGUUGCAUCGUGCAAUGUCAGAACUGCACUGUGGAAGAGUGGAUCACUGUUUGCAAGUGAGAAGGAAGAAUGCCGGGGAGGGAAGGGGAGGGGGACGGAGGGGGGGAAGAGAAAGGGUGUCUUUUAUUUUCGCGUGUCUCGUCACGAAUAUCUCGUCGAAUCGAAACGAGCGCGAACUAAAUGACGAAUUGAUCCGAACGAACAUGAGCAGAAUCGCGUGUAAAUAACACUUGAUACACGGAUUAAAUCGGAUCAAGGUAUACGAACGGGGUAUUUCCCAGUUCAAUCUGAUUACCACUCUUCGGUCGUCGUCGUCGUCGUCGUCGUCGGAAGUCUCAUCGUCA